UAAAAAAAAAACGUUGCCUGAAGAAGAAAAAUUAAAACAUCGGCACGGGUGAGGAGGCGGAGGAAAGACAGAUGUUAACUUGCAGGUCUCUCUUCUUCAGGAUUGAUCGUGUAGUUGGGUUUACUAGUAGAUGUCUUAAAUCGAAGCAAGAACGUUUCAGGAUCAUGAGCUUUUUUAGGAGGAACUCUGCAAUGGAUGGAGGAAGCAAGAAGGAAAAUAUGGUGAAUUUAGUAUGGAGACCCAUCUCCACUCACUCCUCUUCCGUUGUUGAUUCAGAAGCAGCAGAAGGUCAGUGUAGCAAACCAAGUGGUGUUUCUGAGAGAGCACCAGUUGUUUCAAGUGCAAAGCAUUCAGUUUCUCUUGAGGUUGGAGCUUCUUUGAUGAAGUUCAUCAAAGGGAAAGAAGGGACUACACAGAUGAAAAUUGAAGAGGAGAUGGGAGUGAAGAUCAUUUUCCCAUCAUCAAGAAACGAAGAUCACAUCAUCAUUGAAGGUGGUUCAGUGGACUGUGUGACCAAAGCUUCAGAAAGAAUAGCUACCAUUAUCCAUGAGGUUGUAAAGAGUCCAACCCUUGACUACUCACACUUUGUAUCACUUCCAUUAGCCAUACACCCUGAGUUAGUGGCAAAGCUAGUCAAUUUUCAGAACUCUAUUCUCGGAAACAAUAGCCUAGCUGGUGAUAAACAAGACGUCCAGCCAGUGGAUGAAACCAGAUUAUAUACAUUGGCAGAGUUGGGAAUUGAAAAGUCCAUUUUCAUUAAGCCGAGUACUUUUCACUUGACUGUGCUUAUGCUAAAGCUAUGGAACAAAGAUCGAGUCAAUGCGGCUCGUGAUGUUCUGAAGAGUAUAUCUCCUAGUGUGAUGGAUGCUUUGGAUAACAGGCCAUUGUUCAUUAGACUUAAAGGACUGGAUUGUAUGAGAGGAUCAUUAGCUAAGGCUCGUGUGCUCUACAUUCCCGUUGAAGAAAUUGGUGAUGAAGGACGGCUUUUACGUGCUUGUAAAGUUAUCACUGAUGCAUUUGUGAAAGCUGGACUUGUUCUUGAAAAAGAUGCAAACCAAAGCUUGAAGCUGCAUGCGACCGUGAUGAAUGCAAGGCAUAGGAAAAGAAAGGACAAGAGAAAGAAGAUGGAUACGUUUGAUGCAAGAGAGAUACAUAAACAGUUUGGAACCGAAGAUUGGGGAGAGUAUCGUAUCCAAGAAGUUCAUCUCUCUCAGCGUUUUGUGUUUGACCAGAGCGGCUAUUACCGUUGCUGUGCUUCCAUACCCUUUCCUGGAGGACAUAGAGACUAAGAAGAAACAUCGAACCGACCAGAGUCUCAAGUCUCAAGCUUUCUUCACAGUCCUGAGUCCCAACAUGUCUCUCUCCUCUGUUUGUUAUCUAUGACUUCAUAGAUCAGUGUUUGUGUGUGUGCAUUGUAUGAACUCUUACAGCUUUGAGAAGAAAACCAAGCUGUUAAGUUGUACCGGUCAUCUUGUGUUAACAAAAUAAGUGUCUUCGGUUUGGUUGUCUUGGUCUUCAAUAAACGAUCUACAACGUUCUUGGUACC